GCAGCGCUGGUGGUAUCGCUGGAGUUUAAGGUGUCGGCAAGAGCGGUGGCGGUGUGAACACCACUCUUGCUGCUGUGCUGCGUUCGGCUGUUGCUGUUCGUUCGUGCGUUCGUUUCGGUUUGCAGCAGCGCUGCGCUGCGUUACGCUUUGCACACCUCGUUUUUUUGCUCGUUUCGCUUUAGUUUGGCUAGCGCUUCGGCAAUAUACGAUUUUUGACUGGCUCAAACAAACUCUUAACACGAUCGUAGAGCGUAGAACGUCGCUUCGUCUGAUCGCUGAACGCUCGCUCGCUCGCACGGUCGCUGGUUCGCGUCGUUCGUGAGGUCGGCUAUGAGCUCUGACGCUUAUAAAAGUAGCAAGGACAUACGUCUGGGCCAUUAGUCGAAAUCUAUUAACGCACAACGCGAAGUCGUCUGAAUUUGGCGUUGGCGAGUGUUGAACAACAAAUUCAUUCAUUAAUUAACAACUUAAAGAAAAUAAAUAAAAUAAAAAUUCAAACGCGCUACAACAAUUAAUUGAAAUUUAUUUAUUUAUUAAAUACAAAAACGUGCAAAGAAAAUAUGUUUAAUUUUUUUUAAUAUUUUCAAUGAAUUUGAGAUAAAGUAAAUAAGCGACGGCUUUAAGCGUUUUUAAAAAAUCACAAAAAGAAAUCAAAUGAAAAUUAUUGGACAAUUAAACAAAAUAUGAUUACAAGAAUUAUCAACAAAUAAAAGUGUUAAAAAUAUUUAAAGUGUGAAAGCUGAAAGUUGUAAGAAAAUAUAAAAAAUAUUUUACAACAAAAGGUGUGAAAAAUAUAACAAAACAGACACAAACUGCAGCAUUUUUGCAGUAAAAAAAUUGAAUAAAAACUAUUUUUAAAAAAUAAAAAAAUUGAAAUAAACAAAAUGUUCGCAAGCUCAUAUUUUAUAAAAUUGUUAACGCGGCAGUGCACCACCAACGAUGUACAGCACCUGUUGCUCGUCUUCUUCACAGUGCUGACAAUGAUCUGCUUCCUGCAAUGGCUUCUAAAAGUCUAUCGCGAGCUGCGCAAAUUACCACCGGGUCCAUGGGGUUUCCCCGUUAUCGGCUAUCUGUUCUUCAUGGGCAAUGAGAAGCACACGCGCUUCAUGGAGUUGGCCAAGCAAUACGGUUCGCUCUUCUCCACGCGUCUGGGCAAUCAAUUGACCGUAGUGAUGAGUGAUUAUAAAAUGAUACGCGAGUGCUUCAGGCGCGAGGAGUUCACCGGCAGACCGGACACGCCGUUCAUGCAGACCCUAAAUGGUUUAGGCAUCAUCAAUAGCACCGGCAAAUUGUGGAAGGAUCAGCGUCGUUUUUUGCAUGAAAAACUACGUCAAUUCGGUAUGACUUAUAUGGGAAACGGCAAGCAUGUGAUGGAGAAGCGUAUUAUGACCGAAGUACAUGAAUAUAUACACAAUUUAAGCGUCUCUGAGGGUCAACCCAUGGACAUGGCCCCCGCAAUCAGCGUCGCUGUAAGCAAUGUCAUCUGCAACAUUAUGAUGUCUGUACGCUUCUCAAUUGAUGAUCCGAAAUUCCGCCGUUUCAAUUUUCUCAUCGAAGAGGGUAUGCGUUUAUUCGGUGAAAUCCACACAGUCGAUUACAUACCCACCGUACAGUACUUCCCCUCGAUUUUGACUGCCAAAACGAAAAUCGCCAAGAAUCGCGAGGAAAUGCAACGUUUCUAUCGUGAUGUCAUCGAUGAUCACAAAAAGAGCUACGAUCCAACGAAUAUACGCGAUUUGGUCGAUUUCUAUUUGGCUGAAAUUGAGAAGGCGAAGGAUGAGGGACGCGAUGAGGAAUUGUUCGAUGGCAAAAAUCAUGAGGAACAAAUCGUUCAAGUCAUCAUCGAUCUCUUCUCCGCCGGCAUGGAAACGAUCAAAACCACUCUGCUCUGGAUCAAUGUAUUCAUGCUGCGUAAUCCCGAUGCAAUGAAACGUGUACAAGAGGAACUCGAUCAGGUUGUCGGUCGUCAUCGUUUGCCCUCAAUCGAGGAUUUGCAAUUUUUACCAGUAACCGAAUCGACGAUUUUGGAAUCGAUGCGUCGCUCAUCGAUUGUGCCGCUCGCCACCACACACUCGCCAACAAGAGAUGUCGAAUUGAAUGGCUACAAAAUCCCCGCCGGCUCACAUGUCAUACCGCUCAUCAAUAGCGUGCACAUGGACCCCAAUUUGUGGGAGAAACCCGAAGAAUUCAAUCCACGUCGCUUCCUCGACUCCGAGGGCAAAGUGCGCAAACCCGAAUACUUCAUACCCUUCGGUGUGGGCCGCCGUAUGUGUUUGGGUGAUGUGUUGGCGCGUAUGGAACUGUUUCUCUUCUUCGCCUCCUUCAUGCAUUCCUUCGAUAUCACACUGCCGGAGGGACAACCACUGCCCAGUUUGAAGGGUAAUGUGGGCGCUACUAUCACACCGGAAACCUUCAAAGUCUGCCUGACGCCGCGACCGCUCACACAGAAAGUGGAUGUGAAUGCAAUGAAACCAGCUGAUUUGCAGAGCUCACGCACUUUGUAAAUGUUGAAAACAGUCAAAUGUCAAAAGUUUUGACACGUGCGCUUACAACAAAGUGGGUGAAGGAGAGAGUAAGAGAGAGCGCGAUGUGAGUGUGUUAGUAGUGCAGGCUGCAGGCGACUCAAUGCAAUUGCAGAGCGUAUGAGCUAAGUAGAGCGCGCGCAUACUAAUGAGCGCGUAAGUGAUGGAGUGCGAGAAAGAGAGAAGUAGAGUUAUAGAGACAGCACGCACAAGCGCUAUGUGGCGAGUAUUUGCAGAUGUACGGAGUGUACCAGAGCACGGUCUUGUUCCUAAUUGACAAUUUCUAAUUGUCAAUAAAACAAACAACAAAAUAUUUAGUAUAUAUAUAUUUUAAAUGACAACAACAAAUAAGCUAUACGAUUUAUAUCUAUAAAAUAUAUAUACUUAUAUAUAUAUAUAUAUAUAUAUAUAUAUAUAUACGUAAAAAUUGUUACUUGUAAGUAGUUGGAGAGAGAGCAGCACAAUGAAGAAUGAAGUUAAUGUAUUUUUUCUAGUUUUUAAAGCGAAAAGAGUGUAGUAGAGAGCAUGAGCGAGCGCGAGUGUAUGAGAGCAAUAGCUUAAACUAAACAGAACAAUAUUUAUUUGUUUUAUAGUAUUUUCAUGUAGAAAAAAACUUCCAUAAAAUCAUUAAAGUUGAGCAUAAAUAUAUAGCGAAAAUAAUGCAAUAUUUCACAGUUAAAUGAGAGAAGCUUCAUUAGCGCUUCUGCCUUGAAGGAUUUGAAGCAUUUUUGCUUUGUUUUUGAGCUUAAGCGCUUAGAGCAUUUAUCCGUGAAACACUGUAUUAACACUGCAAAUGCUUGUAAGUAUAAUUAGUUACAGUUAGCGCA